AUGGAAUUUGCUUUUAAAUACUCAUUAUACUUCUUAUUUGUGUAUUUCUGUAUGUUGUUUAACUUUUCUUACUGUUUUUGCUCUAAAUUGCAUAAUUUUUCCUUCUCACAAUUUGAUUCUAAUUGGUCACCUGCUGCUGCUACCUGGUAUGGUAGCCCCAAUGGUGCUGGUAGUGAUGGUGGAGCUUGUGGAUUUGGGAAUAUUGUGGGUCAACCUCCGUUCUCUUCAAUGGUAUCAGCAGGAGGUCCUUCCCUCUUCAAAGGAUGCCAUGGAUGUGGAGCAUGUUACCAGGUCAAGUGCACAUCUGAUGUAAAUAAAGCAUGCUCUGGAAAUCCAGUUAUUGUAGUCAUUACAGAUAAUUGCCCAGGAGGUCCAUGCGCAUCAGACUCAGUUCAUUUCGAUCUAAGUGGUACUGCUUUUGGAGCCAUGGCCAAUUCUGGUGGUGCUGAACAACUUCGCAGUAUUGGAAAGUUAACAAUCCAAUAUAGAAAAGUAAACUGCAACUAUCAUGGAAAGACAAUGACUUUCCAUGUUGAUUCAGGCUCCACCUCCAAUUAUUUUGCCACCCUAAUUGAAUAUGUAGAUGGAGAUGGAGAGCUUACUAAAGUUGAAUUAAAACAGGCUUUAAACUCAGACACUUGGCUUACCAUGCAAAAUUUAUGGGGUGCCCUUUGGAAACUUAAUUCCGCCUCUACUCUUCGUGCUCCUUUUUCUAUCCGGUUAACUGUAGCGGGAACUGGUGAAACUGUGGUUGCUAAUAAUGUAAUUCCUGUUAAUUGGAAAGCAGGUCAAACAUAUCAGUCACUAGUCAAUUUUAAACAUUAA